AUUUGACUGUUGGUAGAGAUGAGUAUGAUGACCGGAGGGACAUGCUAGGGCGCACGAGACGCCCGCAGGCUGAUGCUGCUUUCUGAACCUGAGCCUGCUGGCUCGCGACUCCGCCCCGGCUCGGCCGCGGCAAAGUUCUGCACCACUCGUUUUGUUCGCUUAAUCUACAGUUUACACUUAAUGUUUCACUCACUACACACGGCUCAACACCAAACCCCAUCGUUUGAUAUCACUAUUUUAUUCAUUUUACUUGGAUUUAUAACAACAAUCGCGUAUCAGUAUACUUUGACGAGUUUGACAUCUGACACAAUGAAGUUGCCUGCAGAAAUAAUACGUGGGUAUUUAGGUCAACCUGGCUAACGCACGAGGUCAAGGACUUGCAAACUUGCAAUAUGACCAAGCUCGAAAAAUAGUUUCUACACAGACAGUUAAAAAAUAAAAAUAGGUAAGGUAAUUUCCUGCAUUUAAAAAGCAUGUAUAAAAUAUUAUAACUAAUUAAAAUAAAACUAUAAUAAAAACAACAAGUGGCGACAUCUAGUGCAGAAAUCAAUAAUCGUACCAUUGAGACUGUUGGACCGACAUGGAUUCACUACGAACUGUUUGACUGACAGCUAAAACGCCAUUUUGCUAUUAUUACAGAGGGUUGCAUUAUCUGUUCGUCAACAAUGUAAAGUGAAAUGUUUGCUAGAUUUUUACAGUGAAUGUAAUGUGAAGUGAUAUUUUAACCCUUGAUUUAUAAACUAGGGUUAUGGAGGAGUCCAACGACGAGCUCAGGGUCGUUCCCGAGCUCUACUUUCUGAUAGCGAAAUUUCUAUCGGGCGGACCCCUGAAAGAGACUGCAAAGACUUUGCUAAAAGAGCUCGAGAGUAUAGAGGUGCUGCCUCGGCGACUGGACUGGGAGGGACACGAGCACGCCCAGUCUUACGAUGAACUGGCAUCCCAACACGCUGAUGUGUCGUGGCGACGACUCGCGUCCGUAUGCGAGCGCGCCGUGGCCCUGGCGCGGCUGGCGCCCAACCAGGGCGGGGGCGCGGCCGGGGGCGCUGCGCCCCGGCUGGCCGCGCGGCUGUCGCUGCUGAGCGAGACGCUGGUGCGGCCCCGGCCGCGCUACGCGUCGCACGUGGUGGACCACUCGCUGGUGCGGCGCCUGGUGGCGCGCGAGCUGGGGCAGGGCGCGGCGGCGGCGGCGGGGGGGCGCGGGGGCGCGGCGCUGUUCCCGGCGCGCCUGCUGGCCGGGCUGCAGCUGCAGCGGCGCACGCUGGGCCACCUGUCGGCCGUGUACUGCCUGGUGGUGGACUGCUCGGGGCGCUACGUGAUGACGGGCGCCGACGACAUGCUGGUGAAGGUGUGGAGCGCGCUGGACGGGCGCCUGCUGGCGACGCUGCGCGGCGUGGGCGCCGAGGUGACGGACGUGUGCGUGAGCGCGGACGGCGCGCUGCUGGCGUGCGGCUCGGUGGACCGGCUGGUGCGCGUCUGGUGCCUGGCCUCGGGCGCGCCGCGCGCCGUGCUGGCCGCGCACGCCGGCACCAUCACGUCGGUGCACUGGGCGCCGCCCGCGCGCCGCGACGUGCGCUGGCUGGCCAGCACGUCCACCGACUGCUCCGUGGCCUUCUGGACCUGCUCGCCCGACGGCCACUUCCUGUCGCAGCCCGUGCAGUACGUGGAGCGCAUGCGCCCCGGCGUCUGCCACAUGAUCUGCGCCGCCUGGUCCGCCGGCGGCGCCUUCCUGGCCGCCGGCAGCGCCGACCACCACGUGCGCAUCUACACCGUCGAGCACGAGCCCGGCGGGCCCAAGCGGGUGCUGGAGACGCCGGUGCACGACGACGCGGUGGACAGCAUCGCCUGGGCGCACCGCGGCCUGCGCUUCGUAUCGGGCAGCAAGGACGGUAGCGCCGCGCUGUGGACGCUGCACGCGACGCAGUGGCGGCACGUGCUGCUGCAGCCGCAGGCCGAGGGGGGGGACGGCAAGCGGCUGAAGAUGACCAUGGUGUGCUGGGACCGGUCGGACGCGUUCGUGCUGACGGCCGUGUCGGACCACAGCAUCCGCGUGUGGUGCGCCCGCACGGCGGCGCCGGUCCGGGUGCUCCGCGGGCACCGGGACGAGGCCUACGUGCUGGAGGCGCACCCCUUCCUGGCCGGCGUGUUCCUGUCGGCCGGCCACGACGGCCAGCUCUUCGUGUGGGACGCGCGCGAGCCCGAGCCCCUCGCCACCUUCCACAACCGCAUCGAGGGCCACGGCGACGGCGCCAUCUUCGACGCCAAGUGGGGGGGCGGCGCCAGCGUGGCCGCCACCGACUCGCACGGCCACCUGCUGCUGCUGGGGCUGGGCCGCGGCCAUCGCCUGUUCGGGGCGCUGCCCCCCGAGCUGUUCUUCCACACGGACUACCGACCCGUGGUGGUGGACGCGCAGGGCGGCGCGCACGACGAGCAGACGGACACGCCCCCCCACCUGCUGCCGCCGCCCUUCCUGGUGGACGUGGAGGGCGCGCCCCACCCGCCCGAGUUCCAGCGCCUGGUGCCGGGGCGCGAGAGCCUGGCGCUGGCGCAGCUGAUCCCCAUGGCGGAGGCGCCGCGGUCGCGCAUCGACGCCAUGAUCGAGGCGCUGGCGGGGGCGCGGUCCCCGCGCGGCGUGUGGCGCGGCGAGGGCGUGCGCUACACGGCGGGGUCGUGGCAGCGCGGGGACGCGCCCCCGCCCCCCGCGCCGCGCGCCCUCGUGCCCCCGCUGGCGCCCGCCGUCGCCGAGCGCCUGCAUCGCGCCGCCGCCGACCUCAACGCGCUCGAACAGGCUUGGUACCGGCGUGAGAUGAGACGCCGUCCGCUCAUGAUCAGCACAGCCCCUGAGGGCACAGGUCCCCGUCGUCGCGCGGGGCGGCGGCCCCGGGCCGCACCCCGGUCUCCGCGCACGGUGACGCGUGCGCCCGACCCGCCGGAGCCCGAGUCGGCCGCGUCCUGCAGCGACACGUCGGACGAGUGGGUGCAGCGCGCCCCCCGCGCCGACCCCGACUCGCAGCACUCCAGCCUCGACCUCUCCGACUCCGAGUCCAGCUCGUCGUCGUCGUCGCAGUACUCGGACUGGGAGGCGGGCGCGGCGCUGGCGCCCCCGGCGCGCGCGCGGCGCCGCCCGCUGCCCACCAACCGUUACAGCCCCUCGGUGACCAAGCGGGCCGCGCGCGGCGCCCCGCCCGCCGCCGCCGCCGCCGACCCGGACGCCGCGGGCCCCGCGCCGGCGCCGCCGGACGACCUGCCGGACGCCUACCGGCCCGGCGACUGGAUCACCGCCGUCAUGCCGCGCAAGGCGCCCUACCACCCACAGAUGGGGGACGAGUGUCUCUACUUCCGACUCGGCCACCAGCGGUACUUCGAGGCGGUGGCGGAGAAGGACGUGUACCGCGUGACGGCGCGGGACAAGCCGUGGGAGGGCACGGACGACGUGUACCCGUGCGAGCUGGUCAAGGUGGUGGGCAUCAAGUACGUGAUCCGCCCCCCCCGGCUGGCCUGCCUGCGCCUGGCGCGCGGCCUGGCCCCGGCGCGGGGCUCGCUGACCGUGCGCUACCACGACAUGCCCGACGUCAUCGACUUCCUGGUGCUGCGCCAGCAGUACGACGCCGCCGCCGCGCGCCGCUGGGGGCCCGGCGACCGCUUCCGCUGCAUGAUCGACGACUGCUGGUGGGCCGGCACCGUGCUCGAGAGCGCCGCCGGGCCUCCGCCCCCCGACUCGGGCGCCGCCGCCGCGCUGGCGCCCGCCGCCGCCGCCGCCUGGGCGCAGGCCGCGGCCGACCAGUUCCUGGCGCUGCGCGUGCGCUGGGACAACGGCGAGGUGGAGCGCCUGUCGCCGUGGGACCUGGAGCCGCUGGACCCCGAGCGUCUGCCCGGCGUGGCGGGCGGCGCCGUGGCCGUGCUGCCCCACGAGCUGGAGGCCGCGCUGUACCGCGCCGCGCCGCACGAGUGGCCCCCGCGGGGGGACCGCGCCGCCGCCUGCCGCGCCGCCGCCGCCCACGUCGGCGCCGUCAUGUCGCUGGCGGCGGCCGAGCCGUUCGCGGCGCCCGUGGACCUGGCGCGCUACCCGGGCUACGCGCGCGUGGUGCCGUACCCCGUGGACCUGGCCACGAUCCGCGCGCGCUUCGACCAGCUGUUCUACCGGCGCGCGGCGGCGGCGCAGUGGGACGCGCGCUGCCUGGCGUCCAACGCCGAGCGCUUCAACCGGCCGCACUCGGCCAUCGUGCGCCAGGCGCGCCUGGUCAGCGAGCUCCUGUUGCACAUCAUCGCGCACUGGCGCGACGUGGACGUGCUGGCCAAGUACCACGAGCUGGCCGCCGCCUACCGCAGCUCGGACGAGGACGCGGGCCCGGCGGCCGGCCCGGCGCGCGGCCCGGCGCCCGGCUGGCGCGACGCCUGCGCCCGCGUGCUGGCCGAGCUGGAGGCGUCGGCGGACGCGGAGCCCUUCCGCGCGCCCGUGGCGCCGGGGGCGGCGCCCGACUACGCGCGCGUCGUGGCGGCGCCCAUGGACCUGGGCACGGUCCGCGCGCGCCUGCAGGCGGGGGCCUACGCGCGCGCCGCCCACUUCGCCGCCGACGUCCGCCUCGUCUUCUCCAACAGUCGCCUCUACAACACCAACAAGCGCAGCCGGAUAUACUCAAUGACGGUCCGUCUGUCCGCGCUGUUCGAGGCGCUGUGGGCGCGGCAGGGCCCGGGGGCGCGCACCACUACCGGGGGGCGGCGCCCCGCGCGCGCAGUCCGCGCCCCCCGCACCGCGCGCCCCGCACGAUCCACCCGCACCGCGCCCCCCUCCAGCGACCAAGAGGAGGAACUAAUGAACGGUCACUCGGCGGCGGAGUCGUCGGCGAGCUCAGCCAGCUCGGCCAGCUCGGCGAGCUGUGCGAGCUCGUCGGAGUCAUCGUCGGAGCCCCUGGCGGCCACGUCGCGGCGCGUGCACGGCCAGCGCGCUGACUCCUUGGACAGCGACGCGCCGCUACACAUGCAUCGCAAGGGUAAAGGAGUCGGCAAGAAGAGUAAAAGUAGCAAUGCGAGCGCGGAGCCGGGGCCCUCCACUAGUCGCGUCAGGCUUUCCGACGAGGAGCUCGAGGAAGAGGAAGAGGAAGAGGAGGAGGAGGAAGAUGAAGGCGGCGCCAGCUCGUGGUCAGGGUCGCAUAGUUCAGGGUCAUCGCGGCGUUCGAGACGGAGACGCGCGCGCAAGCGGCCCCGGUCGGGGUCGUCGUCGGAGUCGGCGCCGCUGACGGCGCUGCGCGCGCGACGGACGCGGACGGGCGCGGGGUCGGCGCGCUACAACGAGGACAGCUCGGACGACGCGGCCGCCGCCAUCCCCAAGCGCGGGCAGCACGCGCGCGCCGCGCCGCGCGCCCAGCGCCAGCUCGCCUCGCGCCGCCGCCGCCACGCCGCGCGCGCCGACCCCGUCGCCUACUACAACGGGCACAACGAGGCCGGCUCGGGCUCCAGCGGCUCGCAGGGCUCGGGCCCCGGCGUGGCGGGCGGCUCCGGGGGCUCGGCCGUCCCGGGGGGCCUGUCCAUAUCCUCGCGCGGCCGGGUGCGCAAGCUGACGGCCAAGGCACGGGGCCUGCUGCACGACUGAGCCCGGCGCCGCGCCCGGGGUACCGAGCACCCGCGGGUGGCGACACGCGACUGACUUGUGAUAUUACUGUGAAUAACGAAUGUACAGACAGACGGCCGAAUGUUUUAGUGUUGCCACUCAGUAAUGUUGUGACGCGGUGUUGCCAGCCGAAACGUUCGUGUACUUAAAGUGCGCUGGCAACACUCGCGCAUGUCGACUCAUGUAUCAUGUAAUUAUGUAA